AUGACCGACGCGGUGGUGGGUGGCAGCUCUGACAGCUGGAUGUGCCCUAGCGACAGGACCAUGUCUCUCCGGGCCAGGCUCCCCGCUGGCUGGGCAGCACGGGGUGGCCAGCCUGACCGGCAGCGCAAGAGCGAGGAGUUGACGGACGAGGAGAAGGAGAUCAUCAACCGAGUCAUCGCCCGGGCCGAGAAGAUGGAGGAGAUGGAGCAGGAGCGCAUCGGGCGACUCAUGACCCGGCUGGAAGACAUGCGCCGGAGCGUGCUGGGGGACGGGGUGAACCGCUGCAUCCUCUGCGGGGAGCAGCUGGGGCCGCGGGGAUCCGCCUGCGUUGUUUGCGAGGACUGCAAGAAGAACGUCUGCACCAAGUGCGGGGUGGAGACCACCAACAGCCGCCGGCCCCACGCCAUUUGGCUCUGCAAGAUCUGCAGCGAGCAGCGCGAGGUGUGGAAGCGCUCCGGUGCCUGGUUCUUCAAGGGUCUGCCCAAGCAAGUGCUGCCGCAGCCGAUGCCUGUCAGCAAGAACAAGGGACCCCAAGCCCCAAGUGAGCCCAGCCCAUCGGAGCUGCCCACCCAGGACCCGAAACUUGCCUCCCGUGCACCCACCCGAGGCAGUGACGUGACGGCAGCUGCCCGGGGGAGCUACGCGGCGCCUGGCCGCAACGGGGUCAGCAGGAGCCCUGGCGUGAAGCGGACCAACUCCCUGCAAGCCCCGCGGCCACCCCUGCCAGCCGCUGCCAGCCCCGCUCCUGGUCCCGGGCCAGCAGCACCCCCAGGCCCUGCCGCCCCGCUGCGGCAGCCACCCCAGGAGGAAGAGGAGGAGGAUGCCAACAGCUAUGACUCUGAUGAAGGCACUACGCUGGGAGCGCUGGAGUUCAGCCUGCUCUAUGACCAGGAGAACAGCUCUCUGCACUGCACCCUCAUCAAGGCCAAAGGCUUAAAACCAAUGGACUCAAAUGGCCUGGCAGAUCCCUACGUCAAACUGCACCUCUUGCCUGGAGCCAGCAAGUCAAAUAAGCUGAGAACGAAGACUCUGCGCAAUACCCGUAACCCCGUGUGGAAUGAGACCCUGGUGUACCACGGCAUCACAGAUGAGGACAUGCAAAGGAAAACCCUCAGGAUCUCCGUGUGUGAUGAAGACAAAUUUGGCCACAAUGAGUUUAUUGGAGAAACUAGAGUUUCCUUGAAAAAACUCAAAGCCAAUCAGAAAAAGAACUUCAACAUUUGCUUGGAGAGAGUAAUACCGAUGAAGCGUGCUGGAACGACUGGCUCAUCCCGUGGGAUGGCACUGUACGAAGAGGAGGUAGAUCGUGGUGGGGAUGUGGAGGAGCGUGGGAAGAUCCUCGUGUCCCUCAUGUACAGCACCCAGCAGGGCGGCUUGAUUGUUGGCAUCGUACGCUGCGUGCAUUUAGCAGCCAUGGAUGCCAACGGAUACUCAGACCCUUUCGUUAAACUUUGGCUGAAACCUGACAUGGGAAAAAAGGCCAAGCACAAGACACAGAUUAAGAAGAAAACAUUGAAUCCUGAGUUUAAUGAGGAGUUCUUCUAUGAUAUAAAACACAGUGAUCUGGCCAAGAAGUCACUGGACAUUUCUGUCUGGGAUUACGACAUCGGAAAAUCGAAUGAUUACAUCGGCGGCUGUCAGCUCGGCAUUACGGCUAAGGGGGAGCGCUUGAAACACUGGUAUGAAUGCUUGAAGAACAAGGACAAGAAGAUUGAACGCUGGCACACCCUCCAAAAUGAGAACCAUGUUGCCAGUGAUUAA